GGGCGUUCCCGGAGACGGCGCGUCCUCCGCCUUUACGCGGAGUCCAGCGACCCCGAGCGAGGACAGCGCCUCCGGAGCUGCGAGGCAGGACCCUGCGUCUCCUCUUCCUCCCGCUCGGGCCGAGACUGAGUCGCGGUUGGCCAGGCCCCAGGACGCCCCCCAUGGCGGGCCCGCGGGUCGAGGUGGACGGCAGCAUCAUGGAAGGGGGCGGGCAGAUCUUGAGGGUGUCUACGGCUCUGAGCUGUCUCCUGGGCCUCCCCUUGCGGGUGCAGAAGAUCCGAGCAGGCCGCAGCACGCCGGGCCUUAGGCCUCAGCAUUUAUCUGGACUGGAAAUGAUUCGAGAUUUCUGUGAUGGGCAACUGGAGGGGGCAGAAAUCGGCUCAACAGAAAUAAUGUUUACGCCAGAGAAGAUCAAAGGUGGAGUCCACACAGCAGAUACCAAGACAGCAGGGAGUGUAUGCCUCUUGAUGCAGGUCUCAAUGCCCUGUGCUCUCUUUGCUGCUUGUCCAUCAGAACUUCGUUUGAAAGGUGGAACUAAUGCUGAAAUGGCACCACAGAUUGAUUACACAGCCAUGGUUUUCAAGCCAAUUGUUGAAAAAUUUGGUUUCACAUUUAAUUGUGACAUUAAAAUGAGGGGCUACUACCCGAAAGGAGGAGGUGAAGUGAUUAUCCGAAUGUCGCCAGUUAAACAGUUGAACCCAAUAAAUUUAACUGACCGUGGCUCUGUGACUAAGAUAUAUGGAAGAGCUUUUGUUGCUGGUGUUUUGCCAUUUAAAGUAGCAAAAGAUAUGGCAGCAGCAGCCGUAAGAUGCAUCAGAAAGGAGAUUAGGGAUCUGUAUGUUAACAUCCAGCCUGUUCAGGAAACUAAAGACCAAGCUUUUGGCAAUGGAAAUGGAAUAAUCAUUAUUGCUGAGACAUCCACUGGCUGUUUGUUCGCUGGAUCAUCGCUUGGUAAACGAGGUGUUAAUGCAGACAAGGUUGGAAUUGAAGCUGCUGAAAUGCUGUUAGCAAAUCUUAGACAUGGCGGUGCUGUGGAUGAGUAUCUGCAAGACCAGCUGAUCAUUUUCAUGGCAUUAGCCAGUGGAAUUUCCAGAAUAAAAACAGGACCAGUUACACUCCAUACCCAAACGGCUAUACAUUUUGCUGAACAACUAGCAAAGGCUAAAUUUACUGUGAAGAAAUCAGAAGAUGAAGAAGAUGCUUCUAAAGAUACUUACAUUAUUGAGUGCCAAGGAAUCGGGAUGACAAAUCCAAAUCUAUAGGGUAUUUGCCUCUUAAAUGAUACCUCAAUGAUGUAUUGCACUAAUCAUUUCAUAAAUAUUAUAUAGAACAAUGAAUAAGCAGUAACUUAUUAAAGGACCUGACUUAAAUUUAGAGAUGAAAUACAGAAAGUUCUAGAUUUGCUGAGACUGCUUCGUCCUAUUAAUCUCACUUUGACUGUCUUCUGAGAUAGAUAGGGACAGCGAAGUUUAAGAGUUGGUGAAUAUGUAUGAUAGCUGAUUUCAGUAUUAAAGUAUUGAAAUAAAAUAUUCUUUUCACCUGAA